UUGUUGAUGUAAUCUCAGAUUCCCAAAGACAAAAUGACUGAAGCCAACAAACCUUCUUUGACUCCUGAGGAAAUAAAGAUGAAAGCGGAGGAGCUUCGAGAACGUGCUCGUAAGAAGAAAGAAGAAGAAGAAAGAAAAACGGAAAGAGAAAGGGAAAAGGAGAGAAUACGUAUUGGUAAAGAGCUCCUGGAAGCCAAACGUAUUGAGGAGGAAAAUGAAAGAAAAAGAAUUUUGGCAUUACGGAAAGCAGAGAAAGAGGAAGAACAAAGAGCAAGAGAAAAGAUCCGUCAGAAACUAGAGGAAGAUAAGGCAGAGAGAAGGCGGAAGCUUGGAUUGCCACCUGAAGACCCUGUGUCUUCAAAACCGAGCGCAGCUCCAGAGGAGCAAAAGAAGAGCUUUUUACCUGUCAAGCCUGCUACAAAGGCUGAGCGCAUGAGAGAUUGUUUGCGUUCCCUCAAACAACAUCACAAGGAGGAGGAUGCUAAAGUCAAAAGAGCUUUUCAAACACUGCUCACAUACGUCGGCAAUGUGGCAAAAAAUCCAAAUGAGGAGAAAUUCAGAAAGAUCCGGCUAAAUAAUCCAACAUUUCAGGAUAGAGUGGGAGGUUUGCAUGGAGGGGUAGAAUUCCUCGAGCUAUGUGGAUUCGAAAAACUUGAAGAUGGCGAAUUUUUGUUUCUACCUAGAGACAAAGUGGACAUGGCGGUGCUGAAUUCCGCAGGAUCGGAGCUGAAUUCUGCUAUAGCAAAUCCCUUCUUUGGAGUUCUCUAAAUGGAACCAUUUUGCUUCAUGAUCCUAACUGGGGAGAGGGACCAAAAUGUAUAGAGGAACUGAGUGCACCACAUCACUGAAAUCUUUUCCUCGAGAGGAAAAUGAAGGAUCUGGCCAAACAGAGAACUUUCUUUUCAGAUUCCUUGCCUUUGUUCUGUUGUUGAUCUUGGAAGGACUGCUCAAAUUCAUGUUUGAAGAUUAAGGAUUGACAAGAUGACUUUAUUACUGCC